AUGGCGGCACUUUUUUGUUUUCGUAAUGUAAUUUUCCGAGGAGCAGUAAGGUCCAGAAAUUGUAAUACCUUUUUAAAUGGUCAAAAAACGUUAGUUGCUAGCUUAGUUAGAUAUGCCUCUUCUAAAUCUCCACAAUAUCUUGGACCUCAGGAGGACUGGGAAAAUUACGAGUAUGAUCUUAUCGUUAUCGGAGGUGGCUCAGGCGGUCUGGCAGCAGCCAAAGAAGCAGCCAAUUUAGGCGCCAAAGUAUGUGUAUUAGAUUAUGUUACUCCCAGUCCGCGAGGCACAAAAUGGGGUUUAGGAGGAACAUGUGUUAACGUUGGAUGCAUUCCCAAAAAACUAAUGCACCAAGCUGCCUUGUUAGGUGAAGCAAUAGAAGAUGCCAAGAGUUAUGGAUGGCAAUUUCCUCAACCAGAAAAUAUUUCACAUAAUUGGGAAGCACUAAAAGAUGCUAUCCAAGGACACAUUAAAUCUGUCAAUUGGGUAACAAGAGUCGAACUCAGGGAUAAGAAAGUUGAAUAUAUCAAUGGUUUGGGAAGCUUUCUGGAUGCCAAUACCAUUCACACAGUAGCCAAAGGUGGUGAACGCAAACUUACUGGUAAAUACAUUCUAGUUGCAGUCGGCGGAAGACCACGUUACCCAAACAUUCCCGGCGCCUUAGAAUACGGUAUUAGUAGCGAUGACAUUUUCAGUUUGCAAAAACCGCCAGGCAAAACUCUAAUCGUCGGUGCUGGUUACAUUGGACUGGAAUGUGCUGGAUUUUUAAACGGUUUAGGAUAUAAUGCGACAAUCAUGGUUAGGUCUAUUCUACUUAGAGGUUUCGAUCAACAGAUGGCUCAGGUUAUUGAAGCGGAAAUGCGUUCGAAAGGUGUUAACUUUUUGCCCAAGUGUAUUCCAAAGAAAGUAGAAAAAUUAGAUGAUGAAAAAUUAAAAGUCACUUGGCAGAACGAUCAAAAUCAGGAAUUUAGUGACGUAUUUGACACAGUUUUGUUUGCUAUUGGUAGAAAAGCGUUGACGGAAGAUCUUCACUUAGAAAAAGCCGGUGUAAAGGUGGCAGGAGAUGGAGAAAAAAUUGACGCAGUUAAUGAACAAUCCAACGUUCCUAAUAUUUACGCCGUUGGUGACGUUUUAUAUAAAAAACCAGAAUUAACGCCAGUUGCAAUCCUUGCUGGUCGAUUCUUAGCAAGGAGACUAUUUGGAGGUGCAAAACAAAAUAUGGAUUACGAUAAUGUAGCCACGACUGUAUUCAGUCCUUUAGAAUACGGUUGUGUGGGUCUUAGUGAAGAGGCAGCGAUAGAAAAACACGGCGCCGACAACGUUGAAAUUUACCAUGGAUAUUAUAAACCGACGGAAUUUUUCAUUCCCCAAAAGAAUAUCGCCAAUUGCUAUUUGAAAGUGGUGGCAAAAAGAGAAGACAAUCAACGUGUUCUUGGUUUGCAUUUCAUUGGACCGAACGCGGGAGAAAUCAUUCAAGGAUUUGCUGCUGCUAUAAGACUCAACUUGACAGUCAAAGAUUUGAUGGAUACUGUCGGAAUUCACCCAACCAUCGCAGAGGAAUUUACAAGAAUAAAUGUAACUAAAAGGUCUGGCAAGGACCCUAAUCCUGCAUCAUGCUGCAGUUAA